UAUGUACUUAUUCGUUGGCGUGCGCGAAAUGUUACGGUGUUUUCGAAAGCGGCAUUAAAUUUCUUUUCUCAUAAUACAAUUGUAAGACUCGCUCGAAUCGGAUGAUUUUUAUACCAUGGCUGAAUAUCUGGCGUCAAUUUUUGGGACCGAGAAGGACAAAGUCAAUUGCUCAUUUUAUUUCAAGAUUGGAGCUUGUCGACACGGUGAUCGUUGUUCGCGAAUUCACAACAAGCCGACCUUCAGUCAGACAUGUCUACUGCAGAAUCUUUACGUAAAUCCACAGAAUUCUGCCAAAAGCGCAGAUGGAUCUCAUCUGGUUGCAAAUGUAUCGGACGAAGAAAUGCAAGAGCAUUAUGAUAACUUUUUUGAGGACGUUUUUAUCGAAUGCGAGGACAAGUACGGUGAGAUCGAAGAAAUGAACGUGUGCGAUAAUCUUGGUGAUCAUCUAGUUGGAAAUGUUUACAUCAAGUUCCGCAGAGAGGAAGAUGCAGAAAAGGCGGUCAACGAUUUGAACAAUCGUUGGUUCGGUGGCAGACCCGUUUACGCCGAGCUCUCGCCCGUUACUGAUUUCCGUGAAGCUUGUUGUCGUCAGUAUGAAAUGGGAUUGUAUAUGUCUAGCGAAUGUACCCGAUCUGGAUUUUGUAACUUCAUGCAUUUGAAACCCAUCUCCCGGGAACUUCGCCGAUACUUAUAUAGUCGAAAGAAGGGCAAAGGUCGAUCGAGAUCACGCUCAAGGUCGCGUGGUCGUGACCGCAGGAGGAGAUCCAGAUCCCGUGACAGAAGAUCCAGAUCUAAAGAUCGACGUAAAGGAAGAGAUGAAAAAAGCAGAGACGGCCGAUCUGGUCGUUAUUAAAAUAAAUUUUUAUCAAUGUAUUUUUUUAAUGUAUUUAGUUUUUUUAUCUUUAAAUAGAUUCCAAUUUUAUUUGAAAUUAUGGUAUAUGUUUGAAUAUAUAAAUCAUUUGCAAAAUUACUUCUUCAUUAUUAAAUAUAUGAAAGAUCAAAAGUAUAAAAGAUUAUAUAAAAAUGUAUAAAAAAUUCUUAUUGUAAAACAUUAAAUAAUUAAUUGUUUUUUAACCUCUGACAUAUUUAAUCACUUAACACUAACAUUUCGGUUUUUUCUCUCUUUAUAAAAGUUCUGUGAUUACGAUAGAAGGCAGCAUUCAUUCAACGAUACUCAAGUAAUGAAUAACUUUUAUAAACGUUAAUUUUUAUAAAUGUUAUGAUUAUAUUCUUUGCGUAUUCUCGUAUAUUUGAAAAUGGUUCAUUUUGCCUAAGAUAAAAUUGUAUUCUAAUAGAUUUUUAGUUUUUACAUUAAAGGGUUGAUAAAAAUA